AUGGACAGGCUGCAGCAGCGCCCGCAUGACGCGUUGACCGGCCGUCGGAGCGGCGGCGGCGGCGGCGGCGGCUCCUCGAUGUCGCGGCGCCACGGCCGGUUCCACCACGGCGGCACCGACAGCGACGACGACGGCGGCAGCGGCCCGUCUUCGUCGUCCUCUUCCGCGCCGGUGGUCGACCACGCGGAGUGCACGGCGCGGUCGUGCCGGUCGUGCGUGGCUGUCUCCCUCGCGGACUGCAUCGCGCUGGGCUGCUGCCCGUGCGCGGUCGUCAGCCUGCUGGGGCUGGCGCUCGUCAAGGCCCCGCUCGCCCUCGGCCGACGCUGCGUGCGGCGCCUGCUCCGGCGGCGCGGGAGGCUGCGGCAGAAGAAGCGCGUGCGCGACGACAUGGUGGACCACCUGGCGCUCGCGGCGGACGGCAAGCGCGCGGGCCACGCGGCGCCUGCCGGCGAGGACGACGACGUGGCGGUUGCAGCGGCGGCGGCGGCGGAGGCUGCGGCCGCGAGCGACGCGGACAGGGUGUGGCUGGAGAUGUACCAGGUGGGGCAGUGGGGGUUCGGCCGCUUGUCUUUCUCCGUGAACCCGCCCCCGAAGAACGGCGACGGCGACGGCUGCGAGAGCCACGUGUGA